UACAGUAAUCGCUCAGAAAUGAUUGUUAUAUGAGGAGUUGGCUAUGGCAAACAGGAAACAUCAAAGCACUGCAGCCAGCAUGCUGGAUCACAGAGCCAGAGCUUGUCCUGCUUCAUCUCACAGCAGAGAGCCUGAAAGUGAGGAAAGUGACCUUCCUAUUGAAGAUUAUGCAGCAAAAGAGGCACAACUAGCACCCGUCAGACAAGGGGGUCUUCCACUGGUGGAACAGGAGUGCAAUGACCACAGUGGGGACGGGGACUCCAGCUCUGACUACGUCAAUAACACCUCCGAGGAGGAGGACUACGAUGAAGGCUUGCCAGAGGAGGAGGAGGGGAUCACGUACUACAUCAGGUACUGUCCAGAGGAUGACAGUUACCUGGAGGGGAUGGACUGCAAUGGCGAGGAGUAUGUUCCCCAGGAGGAACACCACCUUCAAACAGAGGAAUGUCAGGAAGCUGUGGAAGAGUGGGCUGAGGGUAAAAUUCAGCACCAGGAUGGAAGCGAGGUGAUGGACAGGCAAGAGUGGCAGGAAGGUCAGGAUAACAGCGUUCAGAUUUUGGAGGAUGAAGCAUCGUCUUUGGAGAUUCAAGACCAAGAAGAAAACAUACAGUACUGUCAAAGUGAAGGUGACUAUCUGGACUAUUACCCAGCAGAGGCCAAUGGCAAUUCCCAGGGAAUGUCACCCUACCAUUCCAGAAAAGAGGAUCCCGAGCUGGAGGAGCAGGAAGAGGACAUUGACCAGAUUGUAGCAGAAAUCAAAAUGAGUAUGAGCAUGAGCAGCAUUAACAGUACAGCAGAAAUGAGUCCAGAGCACACGGGGACUGAGAACGUGGCUCAUGAGUGCAAAGAGACUUGUUCAAAGGGAGAAGCUGUUCACAGUGCUAACAGGCAUGAGGGGAGGCCAAAAUCCCUGAAUAUCCCAUCUGCCUCCAAGCACAGUGGAGAUGUGCAUCGAGGAUUUAAAGCCAAGUCAAGAACCCCAGAGGACAGGCAGAAGUGGCCCCAAGAGCAGAUGUGCAAUGGUUUAGAGCAGCCCAGGAAGCAGCAGCGCUCAGACCUCAACGGGCCAGUUGACAAUAAUAACACACCUGAGACAAAGAAAGUGUCUUCCUUUCCAAGUUUUGUUGAUGUUCCAGGACCCUGUGAGCCCGAAGACCUCAUCGAUGGCAUCAUCUUCGCAGCCAAUUACCUGGGCUCCACUCAGCUGCUCUCGGAGCGCAACCCCUCCAAGAACAUCCGCAUGAUGCAGGCGCAGGAGGCCGUCAGUCGAGUCAAGAGGAUGCAAAAGGCGGCUAAAAUCAAGAAAAAAGCGACUUCAGAGGGAGAUUCCCAGGCCUUGACUGAAGUGGAUCUGUUCAUCUCCACACAGAGAAUCAAAGUUUUAAAUGCAGACACACAGGAGACGAUGAUGGACCACGCGCUGCGCACCAUCUCAUACAUCGCCGACAUCGGCAACAUCGUGGUCCUCAUGGCGCGGCGCCGCAUGCCCAGGUCGGCUUCCCAGGACUGCAUCGAGACCACACCUGGGGCCCAGGAAGGGAAGAAGCAGUACAAGAUGAUUUGCCACGUCUUUGAAUCAGAGGAUGCACAGCUGAUUGCUCAGUCCAUCGGUCAGGCUUUCAGUGUGGCUUACCAGGAGUUCCUAAGAGCCAAUGGGAUCAACCCAGAGGAUCUCAGUCAGAAAGAAUACAGUGACAUCAUCAAUACCCAGGAGAUGUACAAUGAUGAUCUCAUACACUUCUCCAACUCAGAAAACUGCAAAGAGCUCCAGAUAGAAAAACAGAAGGGAGAAAUUCUUGGGGUAGUGAUUGUGGAAUCUGGAUGGGGAUCCAUUCUGCCCACCGUUAUCCUGGCUAACAUGAUGAAUGGAGGCCCUGCUGCCCGCUCAGGAAAACUAAGCAUUGGAGACCAAAUUAUGUCCAUUAAUGGUACCAGUUUAGUUGGCCUACCUCUUGCAACAUGCCAAGGGAUCAUAAAGGGGCUCAAGAAUCAAACACAAGUCAAGCUGAACAUUGUCAGCUGUCCUCCUGUUACAACUGUCCUCAUAAAACGGCCAGACUUAAAAUACCAGCUGGGCUUCAGCGUACAGAAUGGAAUUAUCAGCAGCUUGAUGCGAGGUGGGAUAGCAGAGAGGGGAGGGGUCAGGGUGGGCCAUCGCAUCAUCGAGAUCAACGGCCAAAGCGUCGUUGCUACGGCUCACGAGAAGAUCGUGCAAGCACUGUCCAAUUCAGUAGGAGAGAUACACAUGAAGACUAUGCCAGCAGCCAUGUUCAGGCUUCUAACCGGGCAGGAGACCCCACUGUACAUUUAGCAUUUUCCAUCCAAGCUGAAGCUGUCACAGCUGAAGAGAAUUUUGUAUUUUGUAUGAAUGAAAGGCUGGAAGCUGACCUGAGGACUCCAGAACAAGGAACACACAGGUGGCUUUGCUUCUCUCCUUUCUAUUUCUAUGACAAAAAGUGUUGAGAAGGAUGGUCCAGGACAAUAAUCACUGACAAAAAUCUUUGUAAACACUGAAGUAUUUUGCAACAUCUUCUAAAUCCUUUUCUCAUGGAAGUUAGAACAUAUUUAUUUGUAACCUUUACGUGGAGUGAUGUAUGUCUGUCUUGUUUGAUAACACAGUGAAUGUGAAUAUUUGAUGAAUGAGACUGCAGGAAAUGGCAAAGAGAAGCAAUUAGAGAAAGUUCUGGCUGCCUCAAGUUAAAAAAAAAUCCCAGUCCCAUAAAGUGGUCCAAUACUGAUGACUUUGCAUAAUUUUAAAACUGGUGCUGAAUAGGUGGUAUUUCAGUGGAAGGGAAUGCGUGCAGUUCAACCUUUUAGAUUCUCAUGUAAAGAAAACCACUGUAGUACUUGGUAUUGUUAUGACAAGUGUAACCUGUUUGGCAAGGUGUGAACAUAAACAUGUAACAAGUGUUUCAUAUGCUAAAUAAAGAAUAAUUGCCACAAGAUUAAAAUCAAAAUAUUUAUUUAGAUACAUAUUUAUUUUUAAUGCUUGUGAUUUUAUGAUUUAACAGAGUUAUUUCAUGGAUAACUUAUUGCACAGGUUGUGUACUGUAUGUGUUGGGCUGGGGUUUUUUUUCCUUUAAUUUUUGCAUAUUACUUUUUUGUUCAUAGUAGCUCAAAUGGGAAAGCCAUGCUUACCUGUUUCUGUCUUUUAUAAAGCAUUCUAAUUCCUAAGGCAAUGUGUUCUGAAUGUAAAUUGUUUUGACAAAUAACCUAGCACCAUCAGCAGUAUUAGAAUGUGUGUAGAUAACAAACCUAGUAGUAAAGUUGUAUUCCUUCUGAGAUAAAUGUUCAUUGGUGUAACUUUGUCGAAUUUUUUUCCUUUCGGCCAAGGCCUUGAAGAAAAUACACUGUGACUUAAGAAGCCUUACCAUGCAGUAACUAAAGAGCUUUAGAUGACUGUACUUUGAGGAGUAGUGUGUUGCAUGCAACUGACCUUAGGAAAGAAUUAACCUAUCAUUAAUAAAUCUGAAAUAAGAAAGGAAGCUUGCUUAUUCUGUUUGUUGUGUAAGUUUACGUAGUAAAAAAAUCCAAGUAGAAGAUUCAUUUAAUUCUUUAAUCUAAGUGCAGUUGCAAAGGUCACAGGUUAAUUUUUAAAAGGGAAUUCAUCUCUUGAAUUAGGAAUUUGGAUAUCAUUAUUAUCUUGAGAGUAGAUGCUUUCAAUCAGCAAACCUUGUUGCCACUGGAUGUCACUGUAACUUCACAUCAAUGCAGGAGCGUGCUCUAAUUAAAAUACAUUAAAAUGGAUGAUUCUAUAAAACUUAAAACUACCCAUCUUCAGCUACAUUCCUUUGUGACCUUUUCACAGGAUGUCUGCCCAGCUCAGAGUGACACAAAUGAGACCAGUAUAAGAUUAAAGCUCAGAUGGAAGGUAACGCUGCUGACAAGCACUGCUGCAAAACAAUUAACCCCCUGAAACACCAACCUGGGGUAGGUUCUUUAUGAGAACCUUUGGUUUAAGGCCUUUCCAGUUUCCUCUGAGAGAGCCAGGAUGAAGCUUGCACUGGAAGACGUUGCUGGCAGACCUGUGUUUAUGCUGGUAAUCAAAUUAGUGUUGAUGACAUUUACUUUUUGAUAUUUUUUUUAAGAUCAGUGUUAAAUGAAUCAUAAACACAGCAAAACCACAAGGACAUGUUUUAGCAGUAAAAUUGUCAAAA